CAAAAUAAUUCAAACAAAUUGAAACACAUGAAACAUAUAAUGGUAAUUGAAGCAAUCAAAACUAAAACUUAUCUGAUCAAAGAUAGGAGAUGAACCUUAAUAUUUUUUUUUUUGUUUAUAUUGGGAGGAAAGAAACUUUGGAUUUUCGAUCUUGGGUGCCAAGUAAGGGGGAAAAGGGAGGGCCACAACCACUGUGGUAACCCUGCUCCACAAGAUGAAGCUUAAUUUGAAGUCUCUGGCUCCUAUGCAUCUCUGAUCAGAUAAAGGAUAUGUGAUAUCCAACGGUUGUGACCAGUCAGGACAAUAAGGUUGCUUUCCCUGACCAAAUGUAUCAUAUACAUUAACUUCAUAUAAUAUAUGUUAACAAAAUUGUCCUUUUCUGCAUGAGAGAAACUCCCUAUAAAACAACUGCACAGUGCAAUCAAACUUACAAACCAUUUGGUCGAUAAUUUCAGGGCCUCAUUGAUUCCCUAGUUUCCUCCAUCACCAAGGAACAAGCAAGCCUCCUUCCUCCAUCCCGAAAAUGGAGAGGGAACAACAAACCUCUGAUAACAUUCAGCUUCCUGCUGGGUUCAGAUUUCACCCAUCUGAUGAAGAACUCAUCGUCCACUAUUUGAAAAACAAAGUCACUUCAAGUCCACUACCUGCAACCAUCAUCACUGAAUUGGAUCUCUACAAGUAUAAUCCAUGGGAGCUGCCAGCCAAAGCCUCCUUCGGAGAAGAAGAGUGGUAUUUUUUCACCCCGAGAGAUCGGAAGUACCCGAAUGGGAGCAGGCCUAACAGAGCAGCUGGUUUGGGUUACUGGAAGGCUACAGGAACUGAUAAACAUAUUUUCAGUUCUUGUGGAACAAAAAGCAUUGGGGUGAAGAAGGCACUUGUGUUCUACACAGGACACCCUCCAAAGGGUGUCAAGACAGAGUGGAUCAUGAAUGAGUAUAGAUUGCUUGACACAACCAUGUGGUCUUCAAAGCAAAAAGGGUCUAUGAGGUUGGAUGAUUGGGUGCUAUGUCGGGUUCGACAAAAAUGCAACGGCAGCAGGAGCAUUUGGGAAGAUCAAAACAGUCCUCCUAGCUAUAAACUAGGUGCCUACACCAAGCAAGCGGAUGAGAAAUGUUCAAAGGACACAAACCCUAGCAUCGAAAUGGUCAGAAACUAUCUGUACAAAGAUUGUCCAAUGUUGCCCUACAUUUUUGCCUCCCCUGAACUUCCAUACACUAAAACCACUUCAAGCAUAAGCUUUCUGGGUAGUGGAGACACAAAAUCUUGCACUACAAUUCACGAGAACGAUUCAUCCAAUAAGAACAACGGGCAGCUUUUAGCUUCUUCCCUUGAAAGUUUGAUCAACCCUUUCAAGAGAAAGCCUGCAGCAGAAGGAAAUGGACACCACCAGAGUUUUGUAACACCAAGCAAGAGGAUAUGUAGCAGAGAAUAUCAGGAGGAAGUUAGCACAUCGAUUGGCCGGGACGGUUGCUCAAUGAAUUUCUGGGGAGUAGACCACUCUGGAUCAGCUGAAAAUAAUUUCAAUGCAGAUCAAUGGAGCUCCAUGAUCCAAUAUCAAGAACUCAGUCAAUUAAUUGGCUUUCAGUGCAAGUGAGUAGCUGGCUAGAGCAGUGAAGCUAGGUGUGGAUUAAUUCCGUUAUUAUGUAGAUAAAGGGAUUCAAGAUCACGAACAGAGGUCUCCAUGAUUGUGAUUUUUAUGUAAAUUAGUGUGCAGUUCCGAAUUUUCUUCUUUUGGUAUACAUUUGAGUGCAAUUUUUAUACAUAUAAAGAAUAAGCAUGUAAAUUAGUUUGGCGUUUGCUGGAUGUAAUUAGCUGCAGCAUUUCAAGAUUGUAUGUAUAUUCGCAUAUAUUCGUUGUAAUAAAUAUCUUGUAGAUAGUGGGAUGAGAAUAUAGAAAAUUGCUUUACAUUUCAACUUCUCCGUCACGUAAAGUGUUAAUGUGGGUUAUGGGUUUUGUGGUUGUUAGCUUGAUAUAAAUCGUUGACUUAUUCUUCAUAAGAGUUCAGGUUUUUUAUAUUCAGUGAUUUUCUAUUGGCAAAUAAGGCGUGGGAAAGCCUACAGAAACUAAAUCAAAAGACAGUAAUUUAGAUACAUCUGACAGAUGAAAACUAAAUCAGGCCCAGAAAGAAUGCAUUAGUUCCAUAAGAAGUUUCAUAUAAAAUCGAAAGGAAGCUGCCAAUCCAAUCUAUUAACUAUGGGUCAACAAAGGUUUAAUAAAUUGAAGUAUGGAUUCAGAUACCGCCUCACAGAGUACCAACAAAAGCAAAUUAGAGGACACAA